GCUCCCGCCAGCCCGCUCCGUCCUAGCACUCCACUACUAACUGCGGCAGUUGCUAACCGGUCUCAACCAGUUCCGGGGAACGCGACUGCGCGCUGCCUGAUGGGAGUUGUAGUUCUGGGCGGGGCCGAACGGCGCGGUGCCGUUAGGGCCGGUGGUAAAGCGGCGCUUCCUGCCGCGGUGCUUGCUGGGGGUUGUAGUGUUCUGAAAGGGGGGAGGCGGUGGAGCGGCGCGAGCGGGGUUGCGCGUGUGAGUGCUGCGCGUGGAGGCGGCAGCAUGAAGAGGAGAGCAGGGGAGCGGGAGAAGGAACUGAAGAAAAAAAAGCUUCUUGAAGAGCUUGGAGAGGGCAAACUUCCAUACCUGACACCAGCUGAUGCUGAUUUUCAUCAUUUGCAGAAGACCAGAUAUUCCAAGCUAAUUUUCAGAAAGUCGGAUACAGUACCUGAAGAGCUCCAUCAGAUGGUACAAGAUGGCUUUUUGACCUUGAGGAAACAUGGUUGUUUUUUUCAAGAUCUUGUAAGGAUCAAAGGAAAAGAUUUUUUUACCCCAGUGUCUCGUAUAUUAAUUGGAAAGCCAGGAUGCACUUACAAGUACUUGAACACAAGAUUAUUUACAGUUCCUUGGCCUACUGAGGGUUGUGAAAUAAAAUAUUGCAGUCCUCAAAUACAUGAUGCUUGUAAAGCAUUAAUCAAACUUAAUGACUACUUGCAUAUUGAAGCAGUCAAGGCAUUACAAGGACAAAAUCUGUUAGGCACCAAAGAUACUACUGUAAUAGAUAGGGAGCAAAAUUUUGCUACUUCGCUUAUAGAGAAAGGGUCUUUUUCAAAAGAUCAAAGCAGCUGUUACGUACCAGAGGAUGACUACACAAGUCUAAAUAACAGAACAUCUUAUAACUUGACUUUAUUAAAUUAUAUGGAUCCACUACAAAUGCCAUACUUGAAACAAGAGCCUUAUUUUGGAAUGGGGAACAUGGCAGUGAGUUGGCAUCAUGAUGAGAAUCUGGUUGAGAGGUCAACAGUUGCUGUGUACAGCUACAGCUGUGAAGGUUCAUCAGCUGAAGAAGCUAGUGAUUGGAACCUGAAGGGAAGAGACCCAGCUGUUUGGCAUGUAGGCUUGAAGGUAGCGUGGGACAUAGAGACACCUGGAUUAGCAAUACCACUUCACCAAGGCGACCUCUACUUGAUGCUUGAUGAUCUCAAUAUGACACACCAGCACUGUGUUCUGGCUGGCUUUUCACCUCGGUUCAGCUCCACCCACAGAGUGGCAGAUUGUUCAAGAGGAACAUUGGAAUACAUAUUUGGGCAAUGUGAACUGGCACUCCAGAAUUUGCAAACUGAUUCUAAUUCAACAGCUUUAUCUCUGAAAUCACUGGAAACUGCAGUUAUAAAGCAAAUGGAAGAAAUACAUAAUGAGGUUGAAUUUGAGUGGCUUAGGCAGUUUUGGUUUCAAGGCAAGCGGUAUUUGAAAUGCACUGACUGGUGGCUUAAGCCUAUGGCUAAACUGGAAGAAUUUUGGAGAAAAAUGGAGCUUAUGACGAGCCUGGUCCUCCAAGAAGUUCGAAAAAAGGAGCAAACUGAAGAACAAAGGAAUGAAACCAUCAGCUGCUUACUGCUAGUUCUUACCGAGCGACAAAGGCUGCGUAAUGAAUGGGCAGCAAGCAGCCCCAAAUGGGAUGUGUAAGCAACAGGAGCAGAAGAAAAUCCUACUGUAGAUUACUGAAAAAUAGGAGUAGUUUAGCCAACUAAGAAGACUUACAGAGGUAUGUAACACCCCAGAUUGUAAUUCAUAACCCUUAAUUAGAUUUCCAUAUCAUCAUAUACUAGAGAUUAUUCAGCCUGGGUGGGCGAUGCAGCAGGUGGAACUCAUAGGUAAGAAGUAGGUUGAAGUAACAUGGCUAAACAUCAAAAAUAUAAUUCAAAAUUGAGAUAAAUGAACCAAAAAGAUAGCAUGAGUUGUAUCCAGAGGAUUAACUGAGAAGCACAGACUUUCCAAAUGCAGAGUUUGUGGGGGAGACUGGAAAAGGCUGUCAAGUAUUGAAGUGAAAGCAGUAAUACUGGGAGGAAAGAGAGAGUUAAGAAAAUUAAGAUCUGCAAAUAAGAGCUUGUUCCACUGUUUCUACAAAAGUAAGCUGAAUGGUUCCAUCAGAUAUGCUGGUUGAUCUGCUGAAAUUAGAUUCAGCUCCAAAUUAUGGUGGUGAGGGUGUUUGUACAACUUUAUUAUACCGUGGUCUUUUACUUUUUGCCAGUUGAGCAAGUCAACAUUUUCUCAUUUUUAUUUUCUGUUGAAAAUUAUCAGUCAAAUAAGUUCUGACAAGGUUCCCUGGCCUAUCAAAAACCAAAACGUGGUUUAACCCAGCAAGUGGCUCAGCACCACACAGUAUUUGCACACUGCCCCCCUUCCCAGUCAGAUCGGGGAGAGAAUAUAAGAAAAACAAAAGUAGAACUCAUUGGUUGAGAUAAAAGUAUUUACUAAGAUAGAGAAAAGGAAAACUGUUAUGACUAUAUAUGUACACAUUUAUAUAUGUGUGUGUGUAUAUAUAUAUAUAUACAAAUGUAUGUAACAAGUGAUGCACAAGUAAUUGCUUUCCACCCCUUGACUGAUGCCCUGCUAGCCCCUCAAGCAGGGGAAGAGAGCACGAUGAACUCACACACCCUUCAGAACUCCUCCUGCUUGAUGUCAUAUCUUAUGGAAUAUCCCUUUGGCUGGUUUAAGUCAGCUGUCCUAAUUCUGUUCCCACCCAGCUCCUUGGGCCCUUUGCUGUGAAUGGCCUUGGCUCUAUGCAACACUGCUUAGCAGGUGACUAUAAACAUAGGUGGUGUUAUCAACAUGUGGUUCUUUCUCCUGGAACCAAAACAUAGCAUCGUACCAGACACUCUGAAGAAAACAGUUCCAUCCCAGCUAAAGCUAAGGCAAUGAGAACUAUGGAAGCAGUAUUGAUCUUAACUGAGUCUACACAAACUCAUAACAUACGAGAGUUAUUUUGAUCAGCCAGGUAUCGUCAUUGCAGUAGAUAUUAUUCCUGUUUGGAUCUGAAAAUAAAUGUUUGGUUAUCUAAAGGGAAUUCCUAUUAUUACAAAUUCACAAUUUACAAUCUGGAACUUUCAAAUAUUAGAUUUUAAAAUUUGCCAUUUCUGCAAAUCUUCCUGUCAAUGCGUUGAUUUUUUGAGUAAAUAAGUUGGUAAAUCCUGUACAAUAUUUGAAAUCUUUUCCUAUAAAAUCGAUGCAGUUAGUCAUUAUUUUGCAGUAUCUUCUCAGUUUGCUCUCCUAGUAAUAUUACCAAGCUUUCUGUAAGCUGAAUAAAGUUCUUUUUUUCUGUUCAUUGAGCCCCAAACAAUAUUUUAGUUUAAUUUUAGCAGUAGGGCAUCUAGUAGCAGUGAUGAUACUGUAGGGCAUGCUGUAUUUAAUAAGGCCAACAUUUGGUCUUUCUGACUUCUGAAAAAUCUGAUUGGAAUUACUUUCAACCUUUUGGUGAAGGUGGAUUUGAAAAUGCCUUUUGGAAAUGAGACGUAAUUGAUGUAUCCGUUCAUUGGCUGUACAGCAUGUUUAUUUUAAGACAUAAUUUACCUACAUAUGGCCUAAUUAUCUUACGUUAGACCAUCCUGAAAAUACUUAGGUAUCUGGCCUUCUGUUUAUCCUUGGAGAUGUGUACCAAUCCUAAACCCAGAUCUGUGGUUGGGGUGGGCAGGAAGUUGGAGGAGAGGCGGAAGAGGAUUUGAGAGGUGUGAGGGUGUCAUGCUGGAGAAGGCUUUUAACUGUUUUGCUUGCCUGUAGGUGACACUGUUGCAUCAUUUAUCUGUACAUUUUCACAUAUCUUGUCCAGGGACAAAAAAAAAAAAAAAAGUUUCAUUAAAAUAAUUUGAGAGACAA